GUUCAGUGGCUUAAUUAGACUUGCUGUACACCUGCUGAAUACCACAAGAAUGCGCAGUGUGUUGGCAAACUCGGUCCUUGGGGGGAAAGUUAAACAGAUUCAGAUUACAAAAAGGACCAGAAAGUUUGCAUCCCAAAUAAAUCGCACUGCCCAAUGCAAAUAAAACUUCCAUUGUUGCACGAAAAGUUGUUAAUCUGGGGAUUUAAAGUAGAUCACAUGUUCUGACUGAACAACAACACGAGAGUACGCGCAUUCCAGUGCGCGCUUUUCGUGCAUCGUUUUGCAUCGCAAACUGCGCUCAAAAAGAAAGUAGGCGUCGAGAUUAAACCUUAAAAAGAGACGUAUCGAUGGACUUUUGCGGAAUUAACGUUGUGUUUGUGCGGUAAAGUUUGGGCAAAACUUUUCAUUCGCGUUUGAAGAUGACGCAUUCGUACAGCCAGCGGUCUCUGGUGGUGCUCGCGCUUUUAGGGAUUUUAUCCGCAAUAAUGUCGGUAUUAUCCGUCAUUUUGAUUUUCCAGCUGCAAGCCCAACAGGCCAGCAUAAAGGAUUCUCCGACUUUUGUGUCGACUGAGAUUAUCGCAGUUUUAUUGCCCGUUUCUACAGUGCUGUCAGCGUUGUCUCUAACGCUCAACCUGAGCUCUGUGGUUUUGUGUCUGCUUCAUAGUUAUUUCACAAAUGAAAUAUGCAGAGGGACACAAGAUACACUAAGGGCCGACUGGUUCCUCUUGGAUAGCAGGGCAGUCCGACACGUGGCCAUUGGGCUGUUUUGUCUUGGCGUUUCAGUUUACCUAGCUGCUAUGUCCAUUUACAUGUUGUUGGUGUUUGAGAUCGAGACUGGAAUAGCUGGCGCUUGCGUGCUCUCCGCUGGCGUUCUCUUCCUGCUACUCAUCGUCAUUCACGUCCUUAUACAGGCUGCCUGUAGCACCAGACGUUUCCGCAAAGAACACCCUCAUACCCCGUACCAAAUGGACCCCAUUAGCCCAUCUAGAAAUCAAACGUCGAGAUUCACGGACCAGCCAAGAAGGCAGCACAGCUUAGCCAGUCUGCAUGCGCAUUUCUCAAAUCCUGCUACCGUUGAACCCAAGCAGAAACAGCAGUACUCUCCAUCCAAUGGGCCUCAUGGUCACUCCAGAGAUCAAGAAGGUUACGGCGGUGGCGGCCGGACACACCGGACCCUUACGAACGAGUCUAUCCAAGGCAAACCGUGGACGGGGGUGAACAGCGAAAUGAGAUCCGUAUUUGCUCGCAAAGCUACAGUCAAGGACUCUACUUUAGUAUAAAUGGGUAUUUAUUUAAUAUGCUAUAUAUAUCAUAAUAAUGAUUAUAAAAUGAAUUGAUGACUGAGCAUCUGUAUACUGUUGUCCUAGAUUCUGAGGGCCGAGAUAUUUAUGUGACAUGAAAAGAUAUGUGAAAUUAUUUCUUGUACAUGUAAUAUAACAUUAGAGGUGUUAACAAUCCACACUACAUGUUAAAAGGUUAAUUGUUGGAAAGUUACCGUUUAGCAAUAGUGUAGCUUUGUUUUUAGUAGUUGCAAGUCUUUUUCAUUACAUUAUGUGUAGUCAUCAAGUUAUUAUUAAAUUUAAAUAAAAGUACACAGGCUGAAAUGAAAAGUCACACUUAAAUUCCACAUAAUAACACAAUAGGGUUGCAAGUCAUUGAAGAAAAAUGCGCUAAUAAAAUAAAUAAGUAAAAUCUGCCAAAUAAUGGGAUACACGAUAAUGCUUAAAGUUUGUAAAAUACAUCUGAACUACAUUGAAGUAUAUUUAAAAACUGCAGCGAUAUGCAUAUUUGCGAUGUUUCAAUAACUCUGAUAUUUCUAUGACGUGGUUUAAGUAAACAUGGUAAAAGACAGUCCAAAAUGCCAUUUUUAAUUUCUAUCACAAUUCAACAAAAAUAGUACUACACAGACUCCUGCCCUAUAACAGCUCGACUGAAGGUUCUGUGUAAAAACCACAAGAAAACAGCUCACUUCUCAAAGUAGAAACUCGGUUGGCUGAAGACAAACUAACCUUGUAGAAACACUUCCA